AUGGCUUCAUGUUGCUUUUCUGUCUUUUUUAUUUUAUUGGUCUUUUCUAUUGCUAACUCAUUGUAUUUCCAUGUAUCUCGUUUUGAACCUGAAACGCAAGACGUGGUCUAUAUAGGAGAUGCAGCGCCAUUUUUUGGAGCGGUGAAUUUAAACAGUGUCGUGUUUUGUUGUCGUGUUGGUCAAGUUCUUUAUAAAGAAAAAGUCCCCCUGUGGGAUUCGAAUUCAGGGAAACUAUCUGAUUUUGUUACUCAUUUCUCUUUUGUAAUCGACACCCAAGAUUUUAUCCCUCCUAAAGGCUUCGGUUAUGGCCAUGGCCUUGCUUUCUUUCUUGCUCCUGUUGGUUUCACAACUCCUCUUAAUUCGGCUGCUGGUUUUUUAGGCCUUUUUAACACAACAACUAGUGAUAAUCCAAACCAAGGCCCGGUUAUUUCUGUUGAGUUUGACUCAUUUUCCAACCAUGAGUGGGAUCCGCCUGUCGAGCAUGUAGGCAUCAACACGAAUUCACUUUCUUCAGUUACUUAUGCUCCUUGGAAUGCUAGUUUGCAUAAUAAGCAAACUGCUAAUUGUUGGGUUUCUUAUAAUGCUACUACUAAGAAUCUAAGCGUCUUUUGGACAUACGAAAGGAACCCUACUUUUCAAGGAAACUCGAGUCUUUCACAUCAGAUUGAUCUCAAAGAGGUUCUUCCUUCAUGGGUCACAAUCGGCAUCACAGCUUCCACUGGUCAGUACAUGGAGAAGCAUGCUCUUCAGUAUUGGGAAUUCAAUUCCAGCUUAGAUAUAAAACACAAAAGCAAAAUAGCAUCAAAAAAUGUGAAGCUAACAGUGGGAUUAGCAGUGCCAUUAGGCCUUGUAUUCGCAGGAUGCAUAUUAGCAUAUAUACUUUGGAUGCGGUGUCACAAAAGACCUAUAGAAGAAACAGUCAAUUUAUCUUCAUUUAAUGAUGAUCUCGAAACUGGAGCAGGACCCAGGCGUUUUUCUUACAGAGAUCUUGCUUUGUCUACGAAUAACUUCUCUGAUGAUUUGAAGUUGGGUGAAGGAGGAUUUGGCUGCGUAUACAGAGGAUACCUUGCCCGUGAAAAAAAAGUAGUUGCUGUUAAAAAGAUUUCAAGAGGAUCCAAACAAGGGAAAAAAGAAUACAUAACAGAAGUCAAGAUUAUAAGCAGUUUGAGGCAUAGAAACUUGGUGCAACUCAUAGGUUGGUGCCACGAUGAAAAGCAGUUUUUGUUAGUGUAUGAGUAUAUGCCAAACGGUAGUCUUGAUAUCCAUCUUUUUGGAGACAUGCCCCCUCUCGCUUGGAGUUCAAGAUACAGGAUUUCAUUAGGCUUAGCUUCUGCUUUGCUCUACCUUCACGAGGAAUGGGAACAAUGUGUUAUCCACCGAGACAUUAAAUCAAGCAAUGUGAUGCUUGACUCAGGGUUUAAUGUCAAGCUUGGUGAUUUUGGGUUAGCCCGACUCAUGGACCAUGAGUUGGGUCCACAGACUACCGGUUUAGCUGGAACUUUAGGGUACAUGGCACCCGAGUACAUAAAAACAGGCAAAGCUAGCAAGGAAUCAGAUGUUUAUAGUUUUGGAGUGGUUGCCAUUGAAAUUUGUUGUGGAAGAAAAGCUAGGGAUUCUGUUGAUGGGGAUUUGGAGAUGGGUUUGGUAGAUUGGGUUUGGUGCUUGCAUGGAAGAGGAGAGAUUCUUUCGGCAAUGGAUGAGAGUUUGAAAAGAGAUUUUGAUGUUGAACAAGCCAAGUGUUUGAUGAUGGUUGGAUUAUGGUGUGCUCACCCUGAUCGUGGUUUGAGGCCGUCUAUAAGGCAAGCGAUUCAAGUCCUCAACUUUGAAGCCACGGUUCCUAAUCUUUCAAUGAAUGGUCCUGUUACUGGGUAUCAUAAAUCUGCCCCUACAAGCAGUUCAGGAGAGCCGUUUUUAAUUUCUUCAAGUAUCAAUAUAGGACGUUAA